CGGCCGGGCCGGCCGCUCCCGCCCCGCCGCGGCCAUUGGCUGCUCUCCUCGCCCGGCCCGCGGCUCCGCAGCAGCCCAGGUCCGCUCGGACAGCACCGGCUGGGCGCUUGGAGAGCUCCGCGCGGCUCCGGGCGCCCCUCGAGCGCCGGACGCCGCCUUCGCCUUGCCUCCUGCUCCCGCGGGGCUGCGGGGGUCCUCCGGCGGGAGAUGCGCGCCGGCCGCCUGGAUCGCGCCCGGGGCUGGCCUGGGGAGCCUCCCAGCUGCGCGGCGGCCCCUCCGGCCGGGAGGCGAGGCGAGGCGGGGGCGGCGCCUUGCAGGAGGCGUGAAGAUCCCGGCGGAGAGCGAAGUAGUAGUAGUUGGCGUUGCCCGCGGAGGAAAGUUGUUCUUGUCCUUCUUCUUGCCCUUUUCCCCCUCCUUCUUUCUUUUGGAGAGGGGGAGAGGCCCCCUCCCCACUUUCCCGACUCAGCCUUUCCUUCUCCAGAAAGACCAGCCCCGGCGCCUCUCGCUGCCUUGUUCCCACUCCUUCUUCCUGCUUUUCUCCCCAUCCCUCUUUCCUGCUUGGCCCUCCCCCACUCGUCCUUCCUGCUUUCCUCUCCAUCCCUCUUUCCUGCUUGACCCCCCCACUCCUCCUUUCUGCUUUUUUCCAUUCUUUCUUGCUUGACCCCCCACUCCUCCUUCCUGCUUUUUUCUCAUCCCUCUUUCCUGCUUGACCCUCCCCCACUCCUCCCUGCUUUCCUCUCCACCCCUCUUUUCUGCUUGAUUUCCCACCCCCCCACUCUCUCUGCUGCCCCCCCCCGCCAUCCUUCAGGAUGUCCCCCAUCCAAGCCUUACAGCUCUGGUGCAAGCAGCAGUGCGAAGGCUAUAGGGACGUCUCCAUCACCAACAUGACCACCUCGUUCCGGGACGGCCUGGCCUUUUGCGCCAUCCUGCACCGCCACAGGCCGGACCUCAUAGACUUCACUUCCCUGAGCAAGGAAAACGUCUUCGAGAACAACGCAUUGGCUUUCCGGGUUGCUGAGAAGGAGCUGGGCAUCCCGGCUUUGCUGGACGCUGAAGAUAUGGUGGCCCUUAAAGUGCCCGACCGGCUGAGCAUCCUCACUUACGUCUCCCAAUAUUACAAUUACUUCCACGGCAAGUCGCCCAUUGGAGGGAUGGCUGGAAUCAAGCGCCCGGCUUCCCAACCCAGUGAGCAGCCAACCGAGAAAAGAGGGGUUCCUGGGCCGAGGGCCCCAAGCUCAACGCAACCAGCAAGGCCGUCUUUUCUUGAACCCAAAGCAGAACCAGCUGUGGUGGGGCGGAGGCUGGUGAUGGACUCCCCUCCCUCAGUCGAAAGACGGGUCUUAGCCGAGAAGAACACUGCACAACCUAGCAACUGUGCCAUCUGCGGAACUCAUGUCCACUUGGUCCAGCGCCUCCUGAUGGACGGGAAACUAUAUCACAGGAAUUGCUUUAGGUGCAAAAAGUGUUCCAGCACUUUACAGAGAGGAAACUACCAAGCCGGGCUUAGCCCGGGCACCUUCCUUUGCAACCGACAUGCAGGGGCUGAACCUGCCCAGGUUCCUCCUGCCCAGGAGAGCAGGGCAGAGAAGAAGACCACCACCACUUCCAAGACCCCCUCAGGGAACUGUGGGAAGGGGCUGGAACCGCCGCAGGCAGCAUCCCCAGUGCCCAAACCACGUAGGGUCUUCCAGAACAAUGUGACCCUCCAACCAGCAGCAGCUCAUCCACCACCCAAUUCUUGGAGUCCUAAAACUGGCAGGGUCUCCACAAGCCCGAGUCUGUCUCGCUCGCACCCUCCUGCCCCAAGCGCGGAUCUCCCCGUAGCUUCCUCUUCGAUGGAGGUACGCUCCAGGAUCCAGCAGGCUCGGGAGAAAUUCUUCCAGGCUGAUCCAGCCUCUUCUGGCUUCCCUGAGCGAAAACCUGAACCGGCGAGAAAUCACAGCAGCUCUCCUGUCCAGCCUACCCAGGUCCCUGAGAAAACACCCCUCUCUCGAACUCAGCUCCCUGUCAGCAGCAGCAUCAACAGCACCAAUGACAGCAAGAAAGACGAAGCACGGAGCAUCCUUCAGCGCGUCUUACCGGGACCCCAGCCGUCGACCAGCCAGUCAGGAGGGGUUAGCAGCACUGCGGUGCCCCGAUCUUUGGCUUACAACAGCAACCCAUCUUCUCCUGCCCUCUCCAAUUCGCGGGGUCUGCAACCCCAGAAUUCCCCAGCUAGCAAACCCUUUAUCAAGCCAGCUUUUGCAGACGCUCAAAGAGGGGCAGAAACACCCCAUCGGGUCGGGAAUCUCCCCAAGGAUCCUAGCCACAAAGUGGAGGUUGGAGCUGAGCCCCAGAGCAAAGUCAAGGAUGGGUCCAUCGGCACAUCGGCCAACGCUGGAUGUAAAUCGGACACCAAGGUGGUUAAAGUGAAAAAUGCCAGUGGGGCAGAAGAGAAAUUGGAGAACCCAGAAGACUGGAGAGCGAGGCUGAAGCCAGUCAAACCCCCCCAUCAGGACGCAACCAAGCUGUCUCCAAAACCUGCCGAUGUUCACAAAGUGUUGAUCAACAUAGAGGUGAAACCAGGACAAAACGACAAAAAGCCUCCUCUUUUGGUCAUGUCCCCGGCAGCUCCUAACUCUGCACCGCUGGCUGUCCAGCUCCUGAAGAAGAAGCUGUUGGUGCCACAGCUGGAUACCUCCAUCAGCUGGCAGAAAGAGAAGUUGCCGUGGGAAUCUCAGCCAGCCACUGCCAAAGCAGAGAAAUGGAGUCCCUCGAAAACAGUGGUUGCGGCCGCCCAGCCAUCCUCUCUGGGAACCUUCUGGAAGCAUCCGGGUGAUCAAGCCAUCUCUCCCACCAAGCUCCACCCGGAUUACAUCCCCGAGGAAGAGAUCCGGAAAGAAAUGCGGCAGAUUGAAAGAGAUCUGGACAGGCUGGAACAGAAGGGGAUCCCCUUGGAGAAACAGCUGCGGGCUUGCGAGGGAGACAAUUCCGAAGACACCCUGAUGGUGGAAUGGUUCAAACUGAUCCACGAGAAGCAGAUCUUGCUGAGACGGGAAUCCGAGUUGAUGCACAAGAUAAACCAGCAGAAACUGGAAGUAAAGCAGUGGGAUAUUGAGACUGAACUUCGGAGUCUCAUCAGCAAAGCCGAUAACUUGAAGACCGCGAAGGAGAAGGCUCGGGAGAAGGAACUUCUCGACUCGUACUUGGACACGGUCAACGAUCGGAACAAAAUCGUCGAAGACCUGGAUGAGGACAGACUCAGGGAGCUGGAAGAAGAUGAGAUGUUCGUUGACAUGAUCAAGAAGUUUGGUGUGUCUCGCAGUCCCCAGGACAAUGAAAAAAGGAAAAACAAGUUUGGCUUUUUCAGAAUAUUGAAAACCAAGAACUGAAUCCAGGAGGGGAUGCAACCUAAGGAGCUUCAUUACCUGAAACUACGGAUUUAUGUGCUGUUCAGAUAACUUUGUUUCUAAGGAGGAGAAGUGGUUUAGCUGCUCCACGAAGAGGUGAGGGGGGGGGGGAGAAUUGAAGUAGAAGCAGAUCUCCCAGGAAAUCUAGCCGUGCUUGGAUAGUGAGGAGCAAAGCCCUGGGGAGAAAUAGAGGCUCUGAAUGCAGCACUCCUUUGCCUUUUGGAAUUUGCCAAAAAUCCAAGUGCAGUUUGAGCAUCUUCAAACAAAGCUUUGAAGCAAAGACCUCGCACAGAUUCUUUUUUUUCCCCAUCUGCAGGAGAAUUUGGCACAUGUGGCUACCCCCCAUUUUUUUCCCCUGCCAGGGCUAUACCAUUUCAUUUUGCCCAGAAGAGAAAAACUUCCCUUCCUACUAUAAAUAAAUCUCUUUCCAUUGCUCUCCUUCCAAGGAUUUGGGUGCCAUCCCUGGGAGAAAUCACCUUCUGGACACUAGGUGGCGCUGUAGCUCUCAGCAGGCCUGUUUGCCAGCGACUUGGGGGGGGGGGAAUUCUCAGGAAUUUUAAUUCAAACAUCAUCACCACAAUCGCCACGUGUGCGUCUAUUUCCAUGAUUUGGAGAAUCCCAGCCACCAGAUUUACUCCAGAAUCUGGCCUGCGGGAUGAUCCCAAUGGCCUUUUUUUUUUCUUUUUUUUUUUUUACUUUUGUACAUUAUAAUAAAUCUAGAAUAUUUUACGACUGACAAUUUGCAAACUUCAAGGGGAGGUGGUGUCAGUGCCUUUUCUAAAAUCUAGAUUUCAUCUCCUGGGUGGCCCAGAAGCUCGAGGCAGAAGCUAAGAAGAAGAAGGAGGAGGAGGAAGGGGAGGAAAUAGGUGACUUCUUACAACCAGGAGCAUUUUUUUCAUUAAAAUGGUAACUAUUCAGGUGUUUGAGGGGUCAGCACCCCAGUUGUUAAGGAUAGGAGAGAAAUACUUGAAAUAACUUGCCAGACAAUUGACUCAGAAAGUUGCAGCUGAAAUCCAGGUAGAUCACAACCUCUUCUGAGACCAUGAAGCCAUUUAAACCAGUCUUGGUGGACUUAACUGGGAGAAAACACUGUAUAGGAUGCAGUUGGAUAACUCUGGAUAACUAGAGUGAAAUUCUGCUUUGGAUAGGAGAAAAACAUCUCCUUUUAGGACUCUUGACCCCCCAGGAGAAUCACAGAAGCCUAAUGAGAUGGAAACCAUGGAGACAUCAGACUGGAAACUGGUAUAUUUAUCCAGAAGUUGGUGCACGACCUGAAACAGAGAAGGGUCAUGAGCAAACCAAAUCAGGCACUUGGGGCAGAAGAUCCAGAGAACCUGAUGAUGAUGAGGAGCAGGCAUGAAGAUUAGGGCUUCUGUACAACCUGACCUGCAAAGAUUGCUCUCUGAGUCAACUGAUAGGGCUUGGGUGGGCCAGAAGGAUGGAAAAUCUGGCUCCAGGUUCUUGGAAUGAUGGAUCUAGAUAACAAGGGAAGCACCCAAUGCAGGAGUUCAGGAGACUUCCUUAAGGGACAGGAGCUUCAGGGAACUAGCCAACUGAGGACCAAGCCCAACGAAGUCCGGAAAACCUCAGACUUUGAUCCAACCUCGUUCAACUUUCACAUCUUUGCAAGGUGACUGCAUGACCAAAGCCCCUUGCCCAUUAUUCUGAGGAUUUUGGAGUUGGCGAGAGAGGCCGGUGGGCUUUUCCAGGAACUGGAGUCUGCUAAGGACCGUUUUUAGCCAAAAAAUAAAAAAAAAAAUGGAGAAGGAACGCUUGGCAGGCGAGAAGCAGCAGAUGCUUCCUCCCCGCCUUUCGUUCUUGCCCUUCUUUUGUUUGUGUUCGUUUUAUGUGUGCGAGUGUGUCAUUUCAAUUUAAGCAAUGCUCUUUUUCCUCUGCAACAUAAAACAUUUAGCAAUGAA